CUCCUCUCCACACACUCACUGCUCAAUUCCUUCCAUCGCUUUGAUUCCAGGCCCAUCUCGACCCGGGCCAUCCUUCACGUCAUCCUUUAAAUAGCUGCAUCUGCUCCACUGCGCCUGGCCCUGUCCCCUGCUCCUGAAUCCCUUCCGCCUAAACUGGAGCUCCGCCACACUCGUCACUCCGGCUCACUCCCUGCCACCCGUUAUCUUAUCCAUUGUCGCCCUUAAAUUUCCUACUGUGCCAUUUCUUGGCCAGUUCCCGGUGGCUGCCUGAUUUAUCGCAAUUGGUGGCCUAUGAUUAAUACCUUCGAUCCGUCUUCCUGUUGGAUUCGCUGUUGUGGCCAUGGAGGGAACCCGCAAGGAAAAGGACGCCACGGAUAGUGCUCCGAUUAGACCGGUGUCUACCCUGUUGUCGCAUUUCGAGAAUCUUUCGCAUCGCCGAGCUCCAUCCGCCGUGACCAACGGUUCACGCGACCCCCCAUCCUUUCUCCGAACCCCCGAGUAUAGCGACGAUGUCCGCUCCUCUCGGGCCUCUCUGGACCUACCCCGUCCACGGUCUCCCUGGGGAUCAGUCCCCGAGAUUGAGCGGAGUCACAGCAUCGUUCACAAUGGCAUACCCGCGCGGCCUAGCGGAUCUCCGGGGAUUUCCCCGGGCAGACGACAGAACAGGCCCAUGUCGAUGAACUUGCACUCGUCGCCACAGUUAGCGCCGACUCUGACGGUCGACUCUCCCCGGUCUCCGCCGCGCGGAUUCGGAGCGGACCAUGAGGAGGAUAUUCGCGUGUCUCGCAGCCCCCCAAAUGCAUCCCGGGAGUCGCUGCCUACCAUCCCCCAAGGAGUCCCCUCUCAUCGACCGACCACCCCCGUUACUGCGUCUUUCGCCACUGAUAAUAAACCGGGUCGUCUGUCGCCGGGCAGUACAGAUGCCGUGGCAAAUGGCCGCGAAAGUCCAUCGGAACGAAAGGGCAAGAGUGUUUCGCUCCCUCCGCCCGCUAACCGGGCGGAGAAGCCCAAGAUUCCCGCCAAACCAGCGGCCCUGUCACACCACGAUACUGGGUCUCUUGCUCCGCGGCAGGAACGGGCGUCCUCGGAAGAUCGCAUAUCGCCAUUUAGUACUCCUCCGAGCAGUCCCGAGAAAGCGUCGCCCAAACAGCAGCCGGCUACGAGAGCGGCGCCGGUUUCGCGCUCGCCCUCCCACCGCUCGCCUUCCCGCCCUGUGCCUGGUCUCCCGACGCACCGGUCGUUGGAGGAGAGGUCGCCCGCUCCUCCGGCGGGUGUAUUCCGAGAACCAUCCUUUUCACAGAGGCGGCCAAUCCCAGAACCUCCGCGGGAGACCAAGCCGCUCAUGGUCCAGAUCCCUCCCAGACACUCCCUUCCGCCGGAGCCACUGGCCAGCGCACCGCUCCACCGAGCCUCUAUGCACGAUCCUCACGAGCGCCCUGGGUUGCCGCCACGACAGCCGUCAGUGGCACGAAGGGGCGGUCCGUCCCCGUCUCGGUAUUCGUACCAGCCGCCGCCGGAGAGUCCGGCGUUUUCAUUGCCUCCGCCUACACCAUUCCGUGAAUCGCGCCCCCUCUACCGGGACGAGCUUCCAACCUCGACGAAUGUCCACCGGCAGCCGUCUUUCUCCCGGGAGUCUAGGCCUGUGCCGCCCCCGGCUGUCCCAGAGAGACCUGUGGUAGAACGCCAAGCGGUCCGCCCUGUCCCGAGCGAGGAUGAGCAAGCUCCAGAUGACGCGCCUGUUGCGCGCACGGAUUAUCCCGAUGCGUCCAUUGCAAAUCGACGCCCGCCACUGCUGAAGUCGGGGCCUCAGGAGAUUCAUACACGGUACGACACGCGACUGAUGGAUGUGUGCGGGAAGCAUGUGUGCACGACCGGAUACAUCACGCGGGUGUGGGAUCUGACGACUGGGGAGCAGAUCAUGAGCCUGAGUCAUGGCGAGACAGUCAAGUGUUUGUCGCUGGCCUUUAAGCCCGGUGCGGGUCUGGAGGAUGAGGGCCAGCGACUGUGGCUGGGCACAAAUGCGGGGGAUCUCCACGAGAUCGAUAUCGCAACCCGGUCCAUUGUUGCAUCGCGGUCCUACCCCUCUCGUCGGGAGAUUGUCAAGAUCUUGCGGCAUAAGAAGGAGAUGUGGACCCUUGACGACGAGGGUCGGUUGUUGGUGUGGCCGCCGGAUGAGACAGGAACGCCGAACUUGCAGUACAGCUACCACAAUCCCUAUGAUCGCGUUUCUCGCGGACAUACGUUCUCCAUGGUGGUGGGUGACCUUCUGUGGCUGGCUUCCGGGCGCGAGGUACACAUUUAUCGGCCCAAUGCGCGUGACGAUGUGUCGUUUAAGGUUCUUAGCCGGCCAUUGGGCCUGCAGCAUACAGGGGAUGUCACGUCGGGUGCGUAUACCACCCAGGAUGGCGGCCGCGUGUAUCUAGGUCAUGCCGAUGGAAAGGUCACGGUUUACUCUGCCCACGACUUUGCGUGUCUGUCGGUUGUCAAUGUCAGCGUCUACAAGAUCAAUUGCCUGGGCAUUGUGGGGGAUUAUCUGUGGGCGGCAUACAAGACCGGCAUGAUCUACGUCUACGAUACGGCUACGAACCCGUGGACGGUCAAGAAGGAUUGGCGCGCUCACGACAGCCCUGUGAGCGGGUUUCUCCUUGAUUCCAGCAGCGUUUGGACGAUGAACCGACUGCAGGUGACUUCACUGGGAGACGAUAACUGCAUCCGUAUGUGGGAUGGCAUGCUGGAGGAUGAUUGGCUGGAAUCUCGAAUGCAAACUCGGGAUGUGGAGUUUUGCACGUUCCGUGAGAUCCAUGCAGUGAUUGUGACCUGGAAUGCGGGGGCGUCUACCCCGGGGAGUGUGCGCACGUCCACCUUUAUCCAGGAUGCAAUCCAUCCGGAGAAUCCACCGGAGAUUUUGGUGUUUGGUUUCCAGGAGCUGGUGGACCUUGAGAAUAAGAAGAUCACAGCCAAGAGUCUGCUUCUCGGGAGCAAGAAGAAGGAGCAUGGUGAUAAGGAGCAUAUGAGCCGGCAGUACCGGGUUUGGAUGGAGCAUUUGACUCGCGCUAUCAACGACUGCAUGCCCUUGGAGGAGUCGUAUGUGCUGCUACACAGCGGGAACAUGAUCGGUCUGUUUACCUGUGUUUUCGUGAAGCACAAGGAGCGACAGCGGAUCAAGAACAUCAGCGCUACGGAGAUUAAGCGGGGUAUGGGAGGGUUGCACGGGAAUAAGGGUGCACUGCUUCUACGUUUUGUCCUGGACGACAGCUCCCUCUGCUUUGUCAACUGCCACUUGGCGGCUGGCCAGUCGCAGACGGCGCACCGCAACAACGACAUCGCGGCGAUCCUCGAAGCAGAGUCUCUUCCUGCCGAGAGCAGCCUUGCGACUCGCGCGAAUCACUACGUGAGUGGCGGGGAUGGCUCAAUGAUCAUGGAUCAUGAGAUCUGCAUUCUGAAUGGAGAUCUCAAUUAUCGCAUCGACUCGAUUCCACGCCACGUGAUCAUCGAUGACAUUCGCAGUAACAACCUCACCAAGCUGCUAGAGCGAGACCAGCUACUGGCGUCGCGACGCAAGAACCCUGGCUUCCGCCUGCGAUCCUUUAACGAGGCGCCUAUCACGUUCGCGCCGACGUACAAGUACGACGUCGGGACGGACGAGUACGACUCCAGCGACAAGAAGCGCGCGCCGGCAUGGUGUGACCGGGUGCUGUAUCGCGGGCUGGGUCGCGUCCGACAGCUGGAGUACCGGCGACACGAGGUGCGGGCCUCGGACCAUCGGCCGGUGAGCGCUACGUUCAAGCUGCGCAUCAAGACGGUAUUGCCGACUGAGCGGGCAGGGACAUGGGAGUCAUGUCAGCAGGAGUUCCAGCAAGAGAAGCGGCGACUAGCAUCGGAGGCAAGUAUCGAGUAUCUCAUCACGGUGCUCGGGACGGACCCUCAACAGGCGCGAGGAUUGAUCCUGGGAAAUGGGAAAUGAUUAGAUUCGUAUAUUGAGUUGGAAAGUAGACCGGGAUGUGUAUGACUAAUGAAUCACGAUAGACAUGUAUCAUGACGGGAUAGAGCCCGGGUAAUGGUGUAUAUAGAGUACAUGUUGUUCCUUGUGCCAGCCGAAAUAUAUAUCAGUAGUAUACCAAC